AUGAAGGUGGAGCAGGUGGAGGACAGACUCAUUAAAAAGCCCCCUUUCUCUUCUCUAUCAAAAGAUGAACCGCCUUGGAUCAAGUUGAAGUCCACUCUAAAGUUAAACUACGAGCGUUUACUAAUUGGAAGUUCACGGACUGGUCAUCAGGAGUUCCUGGAAGAUAUCUACACUGAUCUUGUUAUAGUGCAGAAUAAAAGUGGAGGAGUCAUUAAUGAGCAUGAAGUGAUGCAAUUAGAGAUGUCUCCCAAUACACCUGGCAGUGAGGAAGAGUGUAUAAAAUGCAGUGACAUUUUUAAAGUCCAGCCGGGUACAGAUCGACGGAACAGAAAAGUGAUGACAAUGGGAAUUGCAGGAGUCGGAAAAACUGUGUCCGUCAACAAAUUCAUACUGGACUGGGCAGAAGGAAAGCAAAACCAGGACAUUCAGUACAUUUUCCCUCUACCCUUCCGUGAACUGAAUCUGAAGAAAGAGAAGGAAUUCAGUUUGAUUAAACUACUGAAUAACUGCUUUUUCUCCUCAAAACCUGCACUGAAAUCUCUUCCAGAUGAGGACGGUAAAGUGCUGUUUAUUUUUGAUGGGCUGGAUGAGUAUCGUUACCCACUGGAGUUUGAAGAUGGAGAGGAAGUGAACGAUGUGAAUGAGAAGAGUACAGUGGGUUCACUGAUCACAAAUCUCAUCAACAAAAAUUUGCUUUGCUUUGCUCUAGUCUGGGUAACUUGCCGACCAGCAGCAGCCCAUCUGAUUCCCCAGCAAUACAUCGAUUUGACAACAGAAGUACGAGGAUUUAAUGAUGAACAGAAGGAGGAGUACUUCACCAAAUACUGUAAAACAGAGGAUGUAGCAGAGAAAAUAAUUUCACACAUAAAGAAGUUAAAGAGUCUCCACAUCAUGUGUCAAAUCCCAGUCUUCUGCUGGAUCUCUGCCACUGUGCUUCAGCCACUGAUGGAUAAAGAGAGUUAUGAGAACAUCCCUAAAACCCUGACAGAAAUGUACAUGAGCUUCCUACUGCAGCAGAAAAACCUGAUGAAGGAGAAAUACAGUAAGAAGACUGACACUGACCCUGAGCGCAUCAUUCUGAAGCUCGGUAAACUGGCCUUCAGUAAUCUUGAGAGUGGAGAGCUGAACUUCUAUAAGAAUACUCUUAAGAAAUGUGGGAUUGAUGUGACUGAUGGUACAGUGUUCGCAGGAGUGUGUACACAGAUUUUCAGACAGCAGAAGGGAAUUUCUGAGAGAGACAUUUUCAGCUUUGUGCAUCUGAGUGUUCAGGAAAGCCUUGCAGCUGUAUAUGUGCAUCACUCACACUGCAAUAAGAAGAAGAAUGUGUUCAAAAAGAGGACUUUCUGGAAAAAACUUGGGUGGAAGCAUAACACAGUAACAGAUUUCCUUAAGAGUGCAGUGGACAGAGCUUUGCAGAGUGAAAAUGGACACCUGGACCUUUUCCUCCGCUUCCUCCUCGGCCUCUCAGUGGAGGACAGUCAGGAGGUCCUGACCGAACUUCUGCCAAGCCUGAAGAUCAAAGCAGAGAACGUUAGCAACACAGCUAUCUACAUUAAGGAGAAACUAAAAAAGGAAAUGCAGUCUGACAGAAGCCUGAAUCUCCUCCACUGCCUGAGUGAACUGAAGGACAACUCACUCACUGCUGAAAUCCAGAACUUCCUGAACUCAGGAACUAUCUCAAAACAGAAACUCACAUCCACACAGUGGUCAGCUCUGGUCUUUGUGCUGAUGAUGUCAGAGGAGACUCAGGAGAAGUUUGAUCUGAAGAAAUACAAAGCAUCAGAAGACGGACUGAGGAGAUUACUGCCUGUGGUGAAAAUCACACAGCGAGCUCUGCUGGAUUGCUGCUGUCUCAGUAAGAACAUCUGUGAAACACUGGCAUCAGUACUCAUCUCAGAUUCAGCACUGAUAGAACUGGACCUCAGCAACAAUGACCUGCAGGAUUCAGGAGUGGAGCUGCUCUCUGCUGGACUGAGGAGUUCACACUGUAAACUGCAGAUUCUCAGGUUGGAUUGCUGCAGUCUUAGUAAAAACAUCUGUGAAACACUGGCAUCAGUACUCAUCUCAGAUUCAGCACUGAUAGAACUGGACCUAAGCAACAAUGACCUGCAGGAUUCAGGAGUGGAGCUGCUCUCUGCUGGACUGAAGAGUUCACACUGUAAACUGCAGAUUCUCAGACUAGCUUUAUGUAAUCUUGAAGUAAAGACAUGUGAAACUCUGGGAACAGAUUUAAAACUGGAAAACUCCUCCCUGAAAGAGCUGGACCUUAGUAAAAAUCACCUGAAGGAUUUGGGAGUGGAGCUGCUCUCUGCUGGACUGAAGAGUUCACACUGUAAACUGCAGAUCCUCAGGCUAGCUUCAUGUGAUCUUGGAGUAAAGGUGUGUGAAAGUCUGGAAUCAGUUUUAAAGCUGGAAAACUCCUCCUUGAAAGAGCUGGACCUCAGUAACAAUAACCUGCAGAAUUCAGGAGUGGAGCUGCUCUCAGUUGGACUAAAUAGUUCACAUUGUAAACUGCAGAUUCUCAGAUUAGCUUCAUGUGUUCUUGACGUAAAGAUAUGUGAAACUCUGGGAUCAGUUUUAAAGCUGGAAAACUCCUCCCUGAUAGAGCUGGAUCUCAGUAACAAUGACCUGCAGGAUUCAGGAGUGGAGCUGCUCUCUGCUGGACUAAAGAGUUCACACUGUAAAAUGCAGAUUCUCAGAUUAUCUGGUUGUAUGAUCACAGAAAAGGGCUGUUCUUCUCUGGCUUCAGCUCUGAUUUCAAACCCCUGCCACCUGAAAGAGCUGGAUCUGACCUACAACCACCCAGGAGAGUCAGGAGAGAAGCUGCUUUCUGCCAGACUGGAGGAUACACAGUGCAAACUGGAGACACUCAGGGUGGAAAAUGGAGGGAAGAUAAGGAUUAAACCUGGAUUAAAGAAAUACGGCUGUUAUUUCACACUGGAUCCAAACACAGCACACCGUUAUCUCUCUCUGAGUGAGGAGAAAAGAACAGUGGAGUAUAGGUGGAGACUGGAGCGGCAGUCAUAUCGUGAUCAUCCAGAGAGAUUUGAUGAGUGGGAGGAGGUUCUGAGUAGAGAGGGAGUUACUGGGCGCUGUUACUGGGAGGCUGAGUGGAGCGGAGGUGGAGCUGAAGUAGCUUUGAGUUAUAAAACCAUCAGGAGGAAAAGAGGGAUUUCAGACUGUCGGUUUGGAUGGAAUAUAAACUCCUCGAGUUUGAGCUGCUCUAAUAACAGAUAUACUGUCUAUCACAAUAAUAACACAACUGAUCUCCCCCCUCCUCCCUCCGGCUGUAGGAGAGUAGGAGUGUAUGUGGACUGUCCCUCCGGCACUCUGUCCUUCUACAGAGUCUCCUCUGAUACACACUCACACACACAAACCCCCUCACACACACCCUCACACACUCUCACACACUUACACACAUUCUACACCACCUUCACUCAGCCCCUCUAUGCAGGGAUUAGGGUUGAUUUUCACUCCUCCGUGACUCUGUGUAAGAUAGAAUAACUGUGUGUGUGUGUGUGUGUGUGUGCGUGUGUGAGUGCGUGCGUGUGUGCGUAAGGAAGAAUGUGUGUAGAAAUAAAAAUAUGUAUAUAUUUCAUAAACUGUAUAUCACAAAAGUGAGUACACCCCUCA